AUGUCCUUUCUGGAGGUCCCUCUAGGACCUUCCUGGGACCUUCCUCCUGGUCCAGGCGUCUUUACGCAGGACCAAAUCAGGUGCAUUGAGGAGGAUGCAAUAUUCCUGCCCCUGCCCCAGCCCCAGCCUCUGUCACGGACACAAUUCCCCAACAGGAAGAGAAAGGUUUCAGCAGCAUUUAGUCCGCCGAGGUCUAUGUCAAGCUCCUCCACCUUAUCAGCGUCCAUGGAGACUUGGGGUUUCCAAUCCAAUGCCAUCCAGACCUUCGACAUUCCGAUGGCGGAAGAGAGCGUCGAAGCCCUUGAGUUCAUUGGAUUUGUGGCAGGCGCUGCGCGCCUCAUCUACGACAGAUAUCUCAACCGCCCCGAGCCUGACCGAAAUCCGGAUGAUCUUAUGGCAUAUGCCUGUGGUUAUAUCACCUCUCUAAAGUUAUCACGCUACGACAAUAUGAGCCCCAGAGAAGCGCUCAGGCAGAUUGGCCUCAAUCGCCAAAUACAAGAAGCAAUCCCUGACCCGAGAUUCUCCCACGUCUUUGGCACACAAACUCUCUAUUACUGGGCCGAGGAUACCGUCAAAACUAAUUAUGCUGCUCUAUUCAGCCGGCAGAGUAUGCUUAAGAGUUAUGCAGAUCAGCGCAUGACGCACAAGGAAAAGUAUAAACAGUCGAGACACGAGGCCAGCCUCCCUCAGGAACAAUGCAAGUCGCAACAGCCCGGCUAUGACGGCGACCAUCAACAUAACACCUCGUGA